CAAGCAGAAAAGGCUGGCGCUCAUCAUCCAAGGUCGGGGAUCUGACUGACACUUGUGUGCGUGGGCACUGACGAGCUGGCAUCAGCACUCAAGGACAUGGAGUUGCCAUUGGUCAGCACUCCAGAAAACCCAGUGACAAAUGAAAUACAGCCCCCAUAUACCAAAUUCUCAGAAUGGAAGUUUAAGCUGUUCAGAGUGAAGUCCCUGGAGAGGACAUCCUCACAAGAACACAAUGAUGACAGUGGGGUGUCUUGUACUAGCUCUCAGGGAAAAUCCCCACAUUUCAAUGAGAGUUCUGAUGACCUCAGCCAAGAGUCCUCAAUGACAUCACCUAGAAAUGGCAAAGAUCUGGAGGACAGCAUCUCAGAUAACAAUGAGGCCCAGGUGAAGAGACUGGAAGAAGAUGCCCACAUAGCCAUUUUACAACAUUUAUGUCGCAUUUGUGGAGUCUCUUUUAAAAUGGAUCAACAGAACAGGAGUUACCCAGUACAUGGACCAGUAGACAACGAGACUCAAGAUGUCCUAAGACGGAAAGAGAAGAAAGCCACCUCCUGGCCUGAACUCAUCUCCAAGGUCUUUAAGAUAGAUGUAAGAGGUGAUUUAGACUCCAAGCAUCCCACAUGUUUUUGCCAUAACUGCUGGAGUAUCAUGAAUAAAAAAUUCAGCAAUUCCUGCAGUGAGGUUUAUUUCCCUCGUAACAAUGCCGUGGAAUGGAAGCCUCACAGUUCAACAUGUGACAUUUGCAAUUCCUCCAAAAACUGGGGUAAGAGAAAGGGAACAAUCCACCAAAAUACAAUUAUCAAAAAGAGAAAAAUCAGCGUGGAACAUGGAAAGAAUAACAAAAAUGGAAACAUCUCAUCCCUCUGGAAGAAGAAUAAGACCCUGAAUCAAAUUAAGAACCAGUGCAAACAUAUCCAUCUUGACCCCGGUUUACUGGUGGUGGACUAUCCUUCUAAUUUUAUCAAGUCAGUCACAUGCCAGGUGUGUGAACACAUAUUGUCUGAUCCAGUGCAAACCUCAUGCAAACAUUUGUUCUGCAGGACUUGCCUCCUCAAAUACUUCAAGAUCAUGGGUUGCUACUGUCCAUCUUGUAGACACACUUGUUUUCCAACAGAUCUUAUAACGCCCGUGAAGUCCUUUCUCAGCAUUUUGAACUCCUUGAUCUUAAAGUGCAUAGUGACCGGAUGUGAUGAAGAAAUCCUGCUUGGAAAAUACUCUCAACAUAUCUCCAAGCAUAAGGAAAUCAAAGGUAAAGAUGCCUAUGCUCAUAUCAACAAAGGUGGAAGACCCAGGCAACAUCUACUGUCACUCACAAGGAGAGCACAAAAGCACCGUCUUAGAGAGCUCAAGAUGCAAGUGAAGGCUUUUGCCGAUAAAGAAGAAGGAGGUGAUGUGAAAUCAGUUUGCUUGACUCUCUUUCUCCUGGCCUUAAGAGCAAGGAAUGAACACCGCCAGGCUGAUGAGUUAGAGGCCAUCAUGGAAGGUAGGGGAGCAGGACUGCAACCAGCCGUCUGCCUUGCAAUACGAGUAAACACUUUUCUGAGCUGUAGCCAGUACCAUAAAAUGUACAGAACAGUCAAAGCCAUAACUGGGAGGCAGAUCUUCCAACCUUUGCAUGCUCUGAGAAACGCAGAGAAAGCCCUGCUACCAGGUUGCCAUCCUUUCGAAUGGAAACCACCACUGAAGAAUGUGUCCACCAUUACAGAUGUUGGCAUCAUUGAUGGCCUAUCAGGACUAAAUCGAUCUGUUGAUGAAUAUCCUGUUGAUGCAAUCUCCAAAAGGUUUAGAUAUGAUGCUGCUCUGGUUUCAGCUUUGAAAGAUUUGGAAGAAAAUAUCCUCGAAGGUUUAAAGUCCAAAGACCUAGAGGAAUACCUCUCUGGGCCAUUUAUUGUGGUGAUUAAAGAAGCAUGUGACGGUAUGGGAGAUGUAAGUGAGAAGCAUGGCUGUGGACCUGCAGUACCAGAGAAGGCUGUCCGCUUCUCCUUCACCAUCAUGAACAUAAGUGUUACCGACAGCAAAAAUGGAUCUGUUAGAAUUUUUGAGGAGGCUAAACCCAAUUCUGAACUUUGCUGCAAACCUGUGUGUUUAAUGCUUGCUGAUGAAUCAGAUCAUGAAACUCUAACUGCCAUCCUGGGUCCUCUGAUAGCCGAAAGAGAAUCCAUGAAAUGCAGUGAGCUUCUCUUGGAAAUUGGAGGAAUACGUAGAAGCUUUAAGUUUAUCUUCCGGGGUACAGGUUAUGAUGAGAAGUUUGUGCGUGAAGUUGAAGGACUUGAAGCCUCAGGUUCUAUCUAUAUUUGUACUCUUUGUGAUGCCACCCGUCUAGAAGCUUCUCAGAACUUGGUUUUCCAUUCCAUUACCAGAAGCCACGGUGAGAACUUGCAACGCUAUGAAACAUGGAGAGCUAAUCCCUACCAUGAAUCUGUCGAUGAACUUCGUGACAGGGUUAAGGGAGUUUCUGCAAAGCCAUUUAUUGAAACCCUCCCAUCCAUUGAUGCUUUGCACUGUGACAUUGGAAAUGCGGCAGAGUUUUAUCGAAUAUUCCAACUAGAAAUAGGAGAAGUCUACAAAAACUCCAAAGCCACCACAGAAGAACGAAAGAAAUGGCAGGCAACACUUGACAAACACCUUAGGAAGAGGAUGAACUUAAAACCUAUAAUGAGAAUGAAUGGAAACUUUGCUCGAAAACUCAUGACCAAGGAAACAGUUGAGGCCAUUUGCGAGCUAAUACAUUCCGAGGAGAGAAAAAUGGCCCUCACAGAACUUAUGGAAUUGUAUCUCAAAAUGAAACCAGUGUGGCGUUCUUCAUGCCCAGCGAAAGAGUGCCCAGAGUUGCUCUGCCAGUAUAGUUACCACUCUCAGAGAUUUGCAGAGCUCUUGUCCACCAAGUUCAAGUAUAGAUAUGAGGGCAAGAUCACCAAUUACUUCCACAAAACCCUAGCCCACGUCCCAGAGAUCAUUGAACGUGACGGUUCUAUCGGAGCUUGGGCCAGUGAAGGCAAUGAAUCUGGUAAUAAACUGUUCAGACGCUUCCGAAAAAUGAACGCCAGACAAUCUAAAACCUAUGAGAUGGAAGAUGUUUUGAAGCAUCAUUGGCUUUACACAUCUAAAUAUCUUCAGAAAUUUAUGAAUGCUCAUGCUACUCUGAAGAACCAAGGUUUUACCAUAGAUCUAGAACCCUUUCAAGAGCACGAGGAAGGAAUAGAUUCUUUAGAGUUAAUGGAAUUCUGA